AUGGACAAGUCAAAACAAGUCUCGAAGCGACGAAGAGUACUUUAUGAAGUUGGAAUACUUCGUGAAGACUUGCUAUUCAGUGGGCUGGUUAUGAUAGCAGUGAAAACAGGUAUUGACUCAAAUUCUUCCACUGUUUACUGGGGUCUCCUAUUCUGUCUGGACAGCUGGGAGCCAGAAAAUGGUCUUGUGGGGUUUGAGCGCCUUGUUGCAGGUUUCUGGAAGCAUCUCAGCAUUCCCAAUCCAUAUUGCUGUAAGACCAAUUGUGAUUUCAAGAUCAUCACCAAGUGUCCCAUUGUCACAAACUCUGAAAAGAAAGAUGAGCCUGAGGGUGACAUAUCUCCACAAUCAACUGUGGUUGUCAAUAGAAGGAAAGAUGCUGCAAUAGAUAAACAGGCCUUGACUACUGAAGCUGAAACUUCAUUUGAGGGAGCUCUGGGCAAAGAGUGGAAAAAGUUUGAAGUUAUGCUUCAAUUGCCCUCACCAUCCUCCUCAAACUCUCUGUUUGGUGGUUCACCAGAAAGAUUGUCACCAGAAGACCAUGAUCAUAUGGCCGUGGAUGACCCACCACCACCAAAUUCUCCAAAGGCUCCCUCUCUCCAGGCUAUCAUCACUGACAGACUUCCUGGACCUCCUGUUCAGAAAAAGCACCCUCUGACAAUGUUUCUACCACCAUCGAGGUUAAAUGAACUACCAAGCCAUCACUCCCAUUCCACUCACAUAGUCUCUGGCCUUUCAACAAAACAAAUUCUUAGCCAGGGUGCUUUGGUACCCAUCCUUGCAAGAAACAUAGCUUCAAGCAGCUCCCAGAAGAGCUCAUGGGCUGGUCCACUUGAAAUGAGACAUAAUGCUGGGCCUACCCAAUCUCGAACAAUGCAGUUCAUCUGCAAUAUUGCUCUUCUCAAAAAAACUACAUCCAAAUUCAAGAGGCUAGAAAUGGCAAACAUCCUAUCAGAAUCAAAGAAGGUUCAGUUUAUGAGCUUUCAUGAUGUAGAAGAUUUCUACAUUUUCUCUCAAAGCUGUAAACUUCCUUGCCAGUUUGGCCAGUUUGGCCCUCAUACUCCGAGAGAUGCAGCCUUAUUCUCUCUAGUUGUAAAGAUGAUGACAAAAGCAAGAAAGGUUGCUUUGCUACCUCUCACAUCUCAUGGUCACCUGAUUGGGCAUAUUGUUUUUAUGCCUGAAGCUUUACAAUCUAACCCUCACAAUCUCCUUCAAGUUCCAUCAAAUGUCAAUGGAGUUACUGGUGAACAUUUGACUGCAGCCAUUGUCCUAUGGAGACUUCAACAUCACACCCAUUGUCUCAGCCCUUUCAAAGCAUUCCCCCAAAGGCCUUUGACCCAUGCAGAUGCUCCUGACAUCAAACAACAAGAAAACUUUCUCCAAGCCAGAAGAAAAUUUGUCCUUGCCAUCCAAAUGCUGGGCUUCCCUCAUAAACUUUAUGAAUUCUUUCAUGAUACAGUGAAAGAUAGAACCUUUUCUAUCUGGUGGAAGACACUUAAUGACAGUGAGGCUAGUGCCCAGGAGACCUCAAUGCUCAGGGACAUCCUGGAAACCACAUAUGGAAGGCUGGUUGGUUAUGAAAGAAAUGCUCGAGUCAUUUUUGUGCAUGUUUCAAGCUUUGAAACUAUUCAUAUGAUUCCUGAGCUUGUGAACAGAAGGCGGGGCUAUCCACACAGGGUACAGUUCUAUACUUAUGGAACUUCUGAAGCCAUACCAAAAGUCUUCUGGGGGAUUCGAGAACUUGAUCCAUGUGGAGGAGUUGUUACAUUUACUCCCCAUGCUUUCCUCAAAAAUCCACUUCAAGUAAUGGAUGUUUUGAGAAAAAUUCACAAUCACCCAUUGUGGGUUUCUUAUAUCCUUCCACAAGCUCUUGGCAUGCUGGCAAAAUUGUCUUGUAUGGAUGGAGAUGGAGAUCCCUUGAUUUUGAAAAAAUAUGAUCAGGGACAUUUCCUCUACACCUGGGUUUUGAAGUUCAUUGAGGAGGGAGUGACGGCUCUCUUGAACAGCCCCAAAAAAGUCAAUGAUGGUUGGAUUCAGAAUUUUUUCAAGCUACAACCACCCUCAGCUCGAGAUGUCCUUGAAAUUGCUAUUGGGGGUCUGGAAGAAAAGUUCAAAAAUGCACCAGUAUUCCAGUGGAACGGGCUUAUUGACAAAGCAAUCGAGUCCGACCUCAAGGAAAUGCAAAAACAGUUGGCUAUUAUGACAGAGUACAGGAGAUAUGUUAUCAUUACCAGUGAUGAAGAUCAUAAGCUGCAUCAACCUGAGAUUGCCUCAGAUGGGCUGGAAUGGAUCAACAUUUCAAAGUUCAAAUUCAAGGACGACUUUUACUUGAAGUGA